UGCAGAGACGGUUUUACUGUAAUGAUAGUGCCCAAGGAUGGUGCAAGCAACAUGGUGGGCAUCUCGCCUUUGUCAAGGAUAAUGCAACAGACAUAUUUCUGAGAGACCACAUUACAGAUAAUACAACUACAUGGAUUGGUCUGGCUUAUUUGAUACAUAGUUUGAUUCCUAAAUCCAAUAAUCCAGCUCUCACUUGGUUAGAUGGAUCUUGCCUAGCCUACAAAAACUGGCUUGUACAGCCAUCCUCUUUUCCAGAGGAUUGUACCUAUAUUCGCAAGGCAAGUGGAUACCUGAAUUGGCUCAUGACCAACUGCAGCAGCAUGUUUUCCUUCAUCUGUGAAUUUGACUCCAAGAUGCCACCUAUCUAUUCCGUUUUCCACAUCAUCCCCCCAUUGGAAUGGCAGUUCAAUCCAAACCCAGAAAAAUUCUCAUGUACAGUUUAUACAGGAGAUGGAAAAAUGUCCUACUUUUACCAUCAACAACAGUCAUUUACAAUGGCACACCUGUACAACGCUUUAGGUAUUUAUUCCAUCUCCAUUGAAUGUAAAAACAGCAAAGACGUUUGGGCAAUUGGCAAAUCCAAAAUUGUGUUGGAGCCAGUUAAUAAACCUAAUGGCUUACAGUGUUACAGUCCCAGUCUACUGGACACAAUUCAUAACUGUGCAGUUCAGUAUGGUGACACAUUGUGGAUUCAGACAGAAAAAGAGAACGGUUUCAACUUGGCUUAUACUAUAUCAAUUGGAAAUACCACUCUUCACACAUCUACUCUGAUACCAGGAGUUAUUGUUAUAGACGGGUCUUCGCAGUCCCUUAUUGGACCAGGUCAACACAAUGUGACUGUUUAUGCACGAAAUAGCUCCAUAGAGAUAUCUCAAAAUUUAACAAUUCUUCUACUUCUCAAGAUCAGUGGUUUGAAGGCUGAGUUGGAACCACAUGCCCUGAAACUGGGCAACAAUAUCACCAUAAAGGUCUCUGUAUCUCAGGGUUCACCAAUAAGUUUGCAAUUUGACUUUAUCGAUUCUUACAAUAUUUUGUCUUAUACAGCGAAGAGUUUUAAUGGUCAGCUUCCAGUUUAUACAUUUCCGAUGCAGAAGGAAGGUACAUUUCUUGUGAUGGUAACUGCUACAAAUAUCUUAUCUACCGAGCAGCUUAUUGUUGGCCAUGUCAUGGUUACAAAUGAUUUCUCUAAAAGGAGCACUGCGAUUAGGAAAAGAGCCUUGCCCAAUAACAUUAAAAUUUGCACAACAAGAUGUUCACGGCAAGGAUCAGAUGCAACAAAACGUUUGCUGAAGACACUUCCAAACUCUGAAGACCUUUUUAGUAAUACUCCCAACCUUGAGCAGGUGAUUGAGGACAACUUGCAGAAAUUUUCUGGGAUAGCAAUAAAUGCAUCCUCCCUGCAGGGAGUAGAGACUGCGAAUACUUAUCUUGAUGUGAUCACCUCACACCCUGACAAACUGACUGUUAGAUCACAGGAAGAAGCUAAUAAUGCACUCCUGAACCUGAGUGACAAGUUGCAGAAUCUUCCUACUGUAAGACCGAGUGAUGAACUGUGGAAGCUAUAUGGAGCAAAAACUGGUCUUAAUGCAGUUAACAAUCUUCUAAGUGCUUCAAUGACAACAAAUAGUUUUGAUGUGGAGGAAGAAAAGAUGGCAAAUAUGUUUGAUGUUCUCCUAACAUCUAUGGAUAAAAUAUUUUCAUCCCUUGAGAGUCAAAUUCAGGAAGAUGACCCUCCAACUGUUUUCCAGGCAUCAUCCUUCAGCAUGGCAUUAAAAAGGUACGGUUCAAAGAACUUAAAAGGAAGCAGGAUUGAUACCUUAGAGACAAAUUCAUUUAGUUGCAUUUUCCCAGAUUCUAUUGAUCUGCAGAGUAUUUCAGAUAAACCAAUUCAGUUAAGGAUGGUCAAUUUUAGAGACAGUCCUCUCACACGGAAAAUGCAAAGGAAUGUCAGUGGACCUUUGAGCAAUAUAUCUUUAUCUUCAAAUGGAUCAGAAUUAAAAGUGAUGAAUUUGUUAGACCCCAUUGAGAUUUUACUGCCCAGAUCGAACUCAACCCAACUCUUCCCAGCUACAUAUACCACAGCUAUGAACCUAGUUUUCCAUAGGUUCCAUGUAACUGAUCCAGAAUCAGCCAUUGUGAUCUCUGUAGAAAGCAAUCCAGUUACUUCAACACAACUGUACUUCAAACAUGCUUCCAAGCCCAAUGAGACACUAUAUGAGUUUGAAAAAAGCUUCUUUCCACAGAGCAGCACCAGCGUUGAAGCCUACAGUUGUGUCAUAACACCUGAAAUGUUAAUGGGCAGGAACGGUACUUAUUAUUUAGCAGUCAAGCCUCUCCAACAGUCAGCUGUUCCAGAGGCCAACAUAACUUUCACGAUAAGUACCAUCAGUACUAAAUGCUUAUACUGGGAUGAGAUGCAGCAUCGAUGGUCAACCCAUGGAUGUAAGGUGGGUCCAAAAUCAAAUCUAAACAAAACCCAGUGUCUUUGCAACCAUUUCAGUUUGUUUGCUACCUCUUUACUGGUCAUGCCAAAUACAGUGGAUGUCAUGGAAACUGUCAAGUUAUUCUCUCAAAUCAAAGACAACUCUGUAGUAGUCUCAUUAUUGGCUGCUGUUUUUGGAGUUUAUAUCAUCUUAGUCAUUUGGACUCGAAUGAAAGAUAGACAGGAUUUAAUGAAGGUGAAGAAAACUGUGCUUGCAGAUAAUGAUCCAUUUGCCAAAUACCAUUACUUGGUAAAAGUCUUCACAGGUCAUCGAAGAGGAGCAGGCACUACAUCUAAGGUAGUAAUGAUGCUGUAUGGUUCAGCAGGCCAAAGUGACUCCCAUCACCUGACUGAUCCGAAGAAACCAGUCUUUCAACAAGGGUCAGUGGAUGAGUUUCUCCUUGCUACUCCAUUCCCAUUGGGCAACCUCACCAGCAUUAGACUGUGGCACAAUAAUUCAGGAUCCAGUCCAUCCUGGUACAUCAAUCAUGUAAUCGUACAAGAUCCAGAAACAGGAAAGCAAUGGUACUUUUUCUGCAAUUGCUGGUUAGCUGUUGAUGCUGGACAAUUUGUCCUUGAUAAAACCUUCCAUCUCGCUUCUGAGGCAGAAAUGAAAGAUUUCAGCAAUCUGUUCUUCAUAAAAACAUCUGAAAGUUUCACGGAUCAACAUAUCUGGUUUUCGAUAUUUGCUCGACCCCCAAGGAGCUCCUUCACCAGAGUGCAGCGGGUCUCUUGCUGCUUCUCUCUCCUCUUGUGUACGAUGUUGACCAACAUCAUGUUCUGGGGAACAGCUGAUAAUGGGACUGAACAGGAGGAGCAAUUGGAUGACCACAUUAUCGGUUUGCGAGAGGUAAUCAUUGGAAUUGAAAGUGCCUUGAUCAUUUUUCCUGUGAAUCUCAUAAUCGUGCAGAUUUUUCGAAACACACGUCCCAAAUCAACUGACAUAUCAGCAACGCUAAAUAAGUCAGCUUCUGAUGACCCCUCAGAAUGUCAACGAACCCCUGAGAAUAUAAUGAUGGACAUCAAAAGGAUUGCUAGUUCUUUGCCUGGAAAGCUGAAAGAUGCAAUGCCAACACUAGAAGAUGAUAUCAGAAAUGCAAAUGACAUAAAUAAGUUACUGGUAUUAAUAGCAAACAUUAUUCAGCACUGUAAUGAACAGUCUGAUACUCAGGAGGUUGCUAUUUCAGAUAACGAAAAUGAUUCUUCAGCUACCUGUAGUCCUGAUCAACAAAAUGAAGAUAACAAUUCCAUGGUCAGCAAUCCUGAAGACAAUAAUUCCACCUGCAGCGAUCCUGAGAAAGAAACAGAUCAAAUGAUAAAACACUUCUUAUACUAUGUGAGUCAUCUACUUAACUAUGUGGAAACUGAACUGCAAGAAAUGGAACUAAAGACAUUUCAGAAUCCUUACACUCAGAUACAUGCUACAGAUCAAGUGCAGAAGAUAAUACAGUUCAUCAAAGCAGCAAUUAACUCUGCAGAUGCUAACCACAUUACUAAGAGAAGUAAGAAAACAAGCCCUGUUUCGAAAGGUCUCCCUUGGUGGUUCAUUUAUAUUGGCUGGCUCCUGGUGUUUGUCACAAGUAGUGUCUCGGCAUUCUUUACCAUGCUGUAUAGUUUUGAUUAUGGCAAAGAGAAGUCCAUCCAAUGGCUCAAAUCCAUGAUUGUCAGCUUCGUCGAAAGUGUUUUCAUCAUACAGCCAUUAAAGGUUUUAUUUGUUGCUGCCUUCAUUGCUCUUAUUGUCAAAAAGGUUGAGAGAAAUGAAAAUGAGGAAAACUACAAUGAAAACUUGCUUUCUACUAUCAAUGAGGAUCUCAAUGUGGUAACUCCCAACUAUACAAAAAGGUCAGAUGCUGGUAUUUACAAGCCACCGUCAGUGAAACAUGUGGAGAAAAUGAAAGCACAGCACCUCAAAGAAAAGAAAAUGUAUGAUUUUAUUAAAGAUAUAUUUGCUCACGUGGGAUUUCUGGUUGUGUUGGCAAUUAUUGCUUAUGGAGAACGAAGCCCUCAUUCAUUUUAUUUAAACAAAGCUCUCAAUGAUAGCUUUACCAGGAAGUUCAAUGGAUCCCUGGCUGUUAAUGACUUUUAUAUCUGGGCUAAUGAAAUUUUAUUACCCAACCUAUAUGGACCAUACGAAGGAUUUAUAACUGAUGGGAAUUCAAAGUUGCUUGGAAGUCCUCGCAUUCGACAGGUCAGAAUCAAACCAACUCUUUGCCCUGUGCCAACAAGAUUAGUAGAUAGUAUUCAGGAGUGUCGUGCUCCUUACUCCUAUGGUGAUGAAGAUAUGUUGGACUUUGGAAAUAAAGGGAAUUUCAGUGUAAACACAGAAUCCCUCUGGUUAGCUUCUGCCUGGCAUUACCAGAGUGAGUCACAGCUGAAAGAAUAUCCAGUUUGGGGAAAGAUCGCUCUUUACCGAGGAGGCGGCUUUGUGGCUGAGUUGGGAACAGAAAACAAAACUGCAGACAGAGUUAUUAACUACCUGAAGGAAAACACUUGGGUUGACAUGUACACCAGAGCCAUCUUUGUGGAGUUCACAGUCUACAAUGCAAAUGUAAACCUGUUCUGUGUAGUCACACUGAUGCUGGAGAUGAACGCAAUUGGUGUCUUCCUGGGCAAUAUGCAAAUGGAAAUUAUCCGCCUCUAUCACUACGUGGACCAGAAUUACUCUUCCAUCAUUGGGGCACAAGUGGUCUUCAUCAUCAUUGUUAUUUAUUACAUGGUUAAGCAGGGAAAACUCCUAAAGCAAAAAAGAAUGAAAUACUUCUGUGACAAAUGGAACUUGAUUAAUUUAGCCAUUAUCUUGUGCAGCUGCAGUGCACUUGGACUGUAUAUAAAACGGGCUGUCCUUGGAAAUCGAGUUAUGAAUGAUUACUUGAAAAAUCAGGACAGGUUUGUAAAUUUCUACGGAACUGCAAUUACAGACUCGAGUCUGGGUUAUGUGAUUGCCUUUUUGGUAUCACUGGCAACUGUUAAACUGUGGAAUCUGCUGCGUUUGAAUCCCAAGAUGCACUUGAUUACUUCUUCACUACAGAGAGCCUGGAGUAAUCUCUUGGGACUUCUGGUCAUCUUGAUGGUGUUACUUAUUGCCUAUUCCUCUGUAUGUUACCUGGUGCUUGGUUUAUACCUAUCCUCCUACAGGACUUUCAGCACUGCAGUUAUAACAAUUAUCCAUCUGCUGCUUGGAGCCUUCAACUAUAAUGAGGUAUUGCAGACUUAUCCUUUCUUGGGUGCAAUCAUCAUCAGUACCUGUGUUAUCAUCAUGACUUUCAUUCUCAUAAACAUUUUUAUUUCUGCCUUGCUCAUGUCCUUCAGUGAGGAACGACAUCACCCAAUGCCUUUGGAAGAUGAAGAAAUAAUUGACUUGUUGCUGAUGAAACUGUGCAACAUCAUUGGAAUUCAAAGAAAAGGGAAGGAAGAACCACUAUCAAAUGCUGAAGAAAUGGCAUUUGUCCAGGAAAAAUAGUCAUCACCUGCAAAAUCAGGAAGAGAGAAAUUGGAGAACUUGGUAUUAUUGUGACAUUCUGAAAGAAGAACAUGCAAUCAAAUCAGAAAGGUUUAAAAAAAUGCAGAAUAUUAUAUCGUAACAAUAAUAGAUUGAAUGUUUUAGGUUAAUUUUAGUCAUUUUUGUGUUUCAAAAGUUUUGUAAUUAAUCAGAUAAUCAUGAAGAAUUUAU